AUGAUGGAAUCUGCCAAUCUUGGCCAGGUGGCCUAUUUCAAUCUCGGCUCUCACCAUCGGCCAGUGACAACGCGCUCGCAGGACGCUCAGCUAUGGUUUGAUCGCGGACUGUUAUGGGCAUAUUCCUUCAACCACGGAGAAUCGGAGCGAUGCUUCGACCGAGCUGCUAGAUCUGAUCCUACUUGCGCCAUGGCAUUUUGGGGCAUUGCCUAUGCAGCUGGGCCCAAUUACAACAAAGCAUGGCGAUUCUUUGAUCAGGCAGACCUUAAGGCGUCCAUCAAGCGAGCGAAUGACGCUUUGGCCCGUGCCACUCAACUAGCAGUCCAAGCUGCUCCUGUUGAACAAGCACUGAUUGAGGCUAUUACCUCCCGCUUCCCGCCGACAGACAAUAUCCCUGCCGAUCUGAGUUCCCUGGAUCACGCCUAUGCAAAUGCCAUGCGCCCCGUGUAUCAAAAAUUCGGCAGUGACCCAGAUGUGGCUGCGCUAUUUGCCGAAUCUCUUAUGUGCAUCACUCCUCGGGGCUUAUGGAAUCUGGACACUGGAGAGCCUAGCGGCGACCACACCGUCGAAGCUAGAGAAGUGAUUGAGUCAGCGCUCAAGCGUACAGGCGGUUAUAAUCACCCUGCUCUGUGCCAUCUUUACAUUCACAUCAUAGAGAUGUCCCCAUUUCCGGAACUAGCACUCCCUGCCGCUGAUCGACUACGCCAUAUGGUCCCUGAUGGUUCUCAUAUGCUGCACAUGCCCACUCAUAUCGAUGUUGCAGUUGGCGACUAUCGCCGUGCAGUCGACUCCAACCAUGAAGCUAUGGUCGCAGAUGACAAGUACUUCGCUCGCGAAGACGCUUCUAUCCAGUAUGUCGGAUACAGGGUACACUAUAUAUGUGCGAAGCUGUAUGCUGCUAUGAUGUCUGGCCGCUUUAAGGAUGCCAUGUCAGCUGCCAAGAAGCUUGAAGACAUUAUUGACACCAGACUGCUAUCCAUUACCACCCCACCCAUCGCGAAUAGCAUAGAGAGCUUUCUGGGCAGUAAGGCACAUGUGCUAAUUCGCUUCGGUCGCUGGGAAGAUAUUAUUGAACUUGAGUUACCUACUGACCGCAGCUUGUACUGUGCCACAACAGCGGUUAUCCUCUACGCACGCGGACUUGCUUACAGCGCCCUCGGUCGGAUUGCAGAGGCCGAGGUGGCUCAGACUGAAUUUGAAGCAGCGCGCGCACUUGUUCCAGAGUCUCGCUUGAACAGCAUACCUUGCAAAGAGGUUGAUGUACUCAGUGUCGCGUCGAAAAUGCUAACCGGGGAGCUGGAAUACCGUAAAGGCAACUAUGAGGUGGCCUUCACGGCUUUGCGACAAGCUAUCCAGCUUGAGGAUGGGCUACCAUAUUCUGACCCACCACCUUGGAUGCAGCCUGUUCGCCACGCUCUUGGAGGCCUGCUACUCGAGAAAAACCGUGUCAAAGAGGCAGAAGUGGUGUUUAGAGAAGAUCUAGGUCUCUUAAGGGACUUCCCUCGACGCCGAGCAAGGCUAAAUAAUGUGUGGGGUCUGCACGGUCUGCACGAGUGUUUUACGCGUUCCGGAAAGACGGAUGAGGCUAUCUUUGUUCAAUCAGCGCUUGACAUUGCCUUGGCUUCUGCUGAUGUUCCGGUUUCUGCUUCGUGCUACUGCCGCAGAUCGGCUGUGGAAGGCAGCGGCUGUUGUUCAUAG